GUCUAAUAUUCCAUUCAAAAUUGGAAUAUGUGGCAACCUUGGUAACACCGCUAACAUCCAACAGCUGUCCAACAGCCAACUAACCUCACAUUCUGAGCCUCUAUUAUGUAUCUUUCUAUGCUAUGUAAACUGAAAAUUAUUGAUGUUUUAAACUUAUAUUUGUGUCUCGCGAUUGUUUAGCCCAGCUUUCAAAAUACCUUACAAGUGCUGCGUUCCUAAUUGUGCCGCUAAUUACGGGAAGGGUCCGAAGGUACACGUAUUUUCGUUUCCAUUGAAUGAAAACUGUCGUAAAAGAUGGCUCAAUGCAAUCCCUUGUAGUGAUUUAGUGGUUACAAAAAACACCCGAGUAUGGAAUUUGCACUUUGCUGAGGACAGCAUCACUUGGGAAUCCACCUUCCAUGACGAAAAGACAGGUAGGACCAUUACUGUACCAAGUAUCCAAAAUUAAAGGCAGAUGUAAUUCCAAGUAUCUUUGCAAAUUGUCCAAAAUACCUUUUAACGACAUAUCAAGCAGAAGAAGCCGAGAUGAGAAAUUGAGGGACAAGGAACAAGAACAACUACUUACAGCACUGCAAAGUAGCAUUGAUGAUUAUUCCUCCUAACAAAAAUCAACAAGUUUUCAAAAUUAUUCAGACUUGUGAGAAAGUCGUGGCAUUCAGUUCAUGGCAAUGUCCAUAUGAGUGGCAUAAAAUUGUUCAGGAUAAAGUUACUUUGUUUAAGUUAGAAUAUAAACCAGCACUCAUCAUAACUCACUCUGUAAUUUUUGAUAUUCAUUGAGUCCAUUGAAAGGAAAGCGGUUAAAUGACCUUUAUGAGCCUAUUGUUUGGUCCAACAGUGAUGGACAAGGUGAUGACAGUAAGCUGACAUUCUUGCAAAAAAUGCUAAAUUGGCUAGAAGAGUGGAAUGAUCCAGCAAACUUUCAAAAAGACUAACUAGUCAGACUUACACUGCACUACAUCAUACUUUAUAUGGAUUAUUGGAAUUAGUAAGGAACUAUGGGAGGCGAACCAGUUAACGGUCAGGUGAAAAGAGAAAAAGGUGGUCUUUACUCUUUCCAAAACAACAAAGUGAAAAAACACAUUAGCAAGGUGGGGAUAUCAAAUGGUCUGGCGUGGAACCUGGAUCUAAAGAAAUUUUACUACGUUGACUCUCACAACCGAACUGUGGAUGAAUACGACUUCGAGGAGGAAACUGGAGAUAUAUCAAAUAGAAAGACUGUAUUCGAUCUGAGUAAACAUGGUAUCAAUGGAUCUACGGAUGGUAUGGCUAUAGAUACUGAUGGAAACCUUUGGGUAGCUGUAUUUGGGUCACAUAGAGUAAUCAAGAUAGAUCCCCGAAAACCAGAGACUUUGCUGGAAGCCAUUAAUAUUCCAGCAAAACAAGUAACUUCUGUUGCGUUUGGAGGACCAAACUUGGAUGAACUCUAUGUCACCACAGCAAAGUUUACAAUAAAUGGUGAAGUUUUGUCACCUCCAGACCAUGGAGCUACAUACCGAGUGACAGGUAUCAACGCAAAAGGGUAUCCAGGAGUAUCAUUCGCUAAAUAGUUUUUUAACUUUUUUUGUACUGUAGCAUCAUUCAAAAUAAAAAUAUGUAUUCGUUGGCAUUCCUCUGUGUUAUAUUAUGUAAUCACUGGCUCACCAGCAUAAUGAUUCUGAAAUGUCGAUUCGCCGCCGUUCGCAGCAAUUGGGCCUCUGUUACUCCACUACGUGGAAAAUUUUGCGACAGGAUUUGGGUGUAAAACCUUAUAAGAUACAGCUGGUGCAAGAAUUGAAGCCACACCACCUCCCACAACGUUUCUAAUUUGGUAAAUGGGCGCUGGCGAAGUUGGAGGAAGCUCAUUUCUGGUUGAAUGGGUACGUUAACAAGCAAAAUUGCCGUAUCUGGAGUGAAGACCAGCCAGAAGCAUUGCAAGAGCUACCAAUGCAUCCCGAAAAAAUCACUGUUUGGUGUUUAUUAUGGGCCGGUGUCAUCAUCGGGCCGUAAUUCUUCAAAG